AUUACGUCUGGCUUGGCUUGUCCCAACUCCAAGUCUCCAAAGUAAAUCCCAUCUUCCGGUCACUCCCCUCCCCCCCACUCACGCUUCCCUCUUUCUUUGGGCGCCCCCCUCUCUCAUCUCCCCUCUCUUUCCCUUUUUCUCCCUCAGUCCCCGGGUGAACGUGAAAUUUUUAUUUUAGGGCGGAUGUCAUGAUUUCUGAUCCGUCCUGCUCCUCUUCCCAAUUUCAUGGUGGUAGAACCUAGCUCUUCUGGCAUGGCCGAGGUGCCAUUGAAGACGCCUUUGCCUCGGAAAAGUGCCUUCUCUUGUGAGGCCUGCCGCAAGCGCAAGGUGAAAUGCAACGGCGCCAGUCCGUCAUGCUCGCGAUGCGCUGCGCGCGGCGAGGUGUGCGUCUAUAGCUUAGCCCCAACUUUAUCUUAUACCAAGCAACUAGAGACUCGAGUGGCUCAGCUAGAGGAUGCUCUUUCCAAGCUCCGGGGCCAAGCUAACGAGGUCGAGGCUCGAAAAGGAAGUUCCCCUGCAUCGACGGGGGAGAGUAGCGCAAGUCCGGGUAUACGGACACGCAUCAAGGAGGAGGACGACAAUACCGGUGACCUGGCUAGGGAUUUCGAAGGUUUGAAUGUUGAACAUGACGGCCGAGUAUCCUUCCAUGGACCGACCAGUCUGUUCCAACUGCCGAGUGGUGCGCUGAAUGAGGCCACAUCUCCUUCGAACCCUGCUCUGCAGUUAGAUGGCCGAAAGGAGAGGCUUAUCAACAAUGCGUGGCGAGAGAGGGCUUUCGAGCAGAUGGCUACGAUGCCGGUAAGUCUUCGGCUUUUGGGCUCAUCCCACCCGGGGUCCGUCUUCUCACUCGGGAACAGGAACCAUUUCAGUAUCUUCUCGAUUCACACUGGUGUUGGAUCCAGCCUCUUUUCAACUUUGUCUACCGGCCUACGUUUACUCGUUAGUAUCUUGUUUUUGGCAACCGUCUCGAGAAGACAAGCUAACUUGACUAUCAGGUGAUAUGAAAAUCAACGGCCCAUACUAUUCAGACGCUUUGCUUAACGCAGUUCUCUCCCAUUCCGUGCGGUGGUGCAAGGCUGAACCUAGGAUUGGACCCAUACUAGAAUCGUUCGAUGGCGGCGCGCAAUUCUCACAUCGCGCAGUAUCAGGUCUAUACGACUCGCUAAAAGUUGGCCACGUUGGGAUCCCGACCAUCCAGACGUUGCUCCUUCUCAGUGCACAGGAAUGUGGGCGCGGAAACCGGUCUCAGGCCUGGCUAUAUAGUGGCAUGGCUUUCCGAAUGCUCGACGACUUGGGGAUAUCGAUCGACAGCCGGAAAUACUCCGAUUCGGCGCAUCUGACCGAUGAGGAUAUUGAAGUCCGCAAUCGACUGUUCUGGAGUUGUUAUUUCUGGGACAAGAUGGUUUCGCUAUAUUUCGGUCGUUCGCCUGUGAUGCAACAGUCGCGCGUUAGUCCGCCCAGAACGAUACUGGAUGACACCUCCGAGAUUGAGAUCUGGACUCCUCACGGAGUGGUAUUCCCAGAUGGUGCACACUAUCCGCCAACUCAGGCGCACUCCACUUCCUGCUUCAUGCGGAUGUGUGGGCUGGCAGAGGUUUUAAAUCAGAUCCUAAUUCACAUCUAUGACCCUAUCCGGCAGGUCUCGGAGGCGGAAUUCUAUAAUUGUGUUCAGGAUCAAGCAAGGAACCUGGCUGAGUGGUGGGAGGAGUUACCGAGUUAUCUGAAGCUAGUCCCCACGGAACUUCCUCCAUACUCCCCUCCUAGCCAUAUAGUGAUUCUGAAUUGCUUGUAUCAUACCAUCAACAUCCUGCUGCAUCGUCCGAUUCUCUGCUCAAAGACAAAUCGGGAAUCUUACGACAAGAGCCACCUUGUUCAGUGCAUUACAUCUGCAACUUCUAUUCUCUCUUUGUUUGACCUUUACCGUCGCACUUUUGGGGACAGCCAUGUGGUUCUCUCUCUCUCUUACAGCGUAUACACUGCUGCGUCUAUCUUCCUCCUUGAGAUCCAAGCUUUGAAAUAUGCUGCACCGGGAACUCUGGAGAAAAUCAAAUUCUGCAUAUUCGCUCUGGAGCGAGUCAAAGCCUCUAAUCCUGUAAUCACCACAGCCCUCAACCUUGUAUACCAAGAGCUCCAGAAGCUUCAAAUCGACAUCCACGUCGGCAUCCCUACUCCCCAACAUGAGCAACCUCGAGCUCAGCAGCAGCCCCAGUCCCAUCCCCCAUCCCGCCACAGCCACUCCCCUUCGCAGCAUCACCCGCAACAACAGCCCAUCGGCCUCCAGAAUACCUCCCGUCACGUUUCUCCUCUACAACAGCAAUCUGCCGAGCCUACUAUGGGGUCCUCCGUCACAACCGCGGGUGUGAGCUCCGCAUCCAUGCUCCCGGGGUAUACGUUCCAACAGCCGGUCGCGGACUUUGAGCUGUCGCAGACCAGUGUCCCCGCGAUGGCCACGACGCACGUAUUGGGUGGGAUGCCGAAUGCAGUCAUGACGCUUGACAAUCCCGGCGCGUACGAGAUUACGCCGGAGGUUUUCGAGGCCUUUUCAUAUGCAGAGCCCAUCUCGACAAAUAUGGCGCCCGCAUUCGAUACUAGAUUAGCAUGAAGUGUCCCUCGCGUGGUUUGCGAGGGGUUUGAUGACUACCAACGUAGUUCAUGAGUUAAAAUAUCUAGACGGCGAGCGAGACAUUUCUGGGUAAACACUCCAAAAAAUCUUGAUUUAUUCGGAACAGCUAUAAUAAAUCUAUAUGAUAUAGCAUAGAUAAUUCUAACCCACAAAGAAGA